AUGAGAGAUUAUGAUGCUGUCAUAUUAUUACCUUUGGCAGUAUUUCAAAAAAGUUGCCGUGACAUGCAAGUUGUUGGUAGAAAUGUCAAAGUCGAAGUUGACGAUAAUAAGGUUAGAUUCAUUGCAGAAAGCGAAACUCUUAACUAG